CCAAAAUCUAAUUGGUCUGUAAUUCCUUAUUCUCCCCGCUCUCCCCGCUCUCGCAGUCAGAAACUGAGCUCUCCAGGCCAGUCUCCGAUGAAAGAAGACGAAAAAGACGAAGAGCAAGCGACAACAGAAACAUCAACAGAUUUCGAUGACAGCGACGAUGAGGCGCUCUCAAGCUCCGAUCCAACUGAUUCAAGCGACGAGUAUAUCGGCGACGGCGAAGAACAUCCGGGAGAGGAAUUUGUACUGAAGCCACGCGGAGAACGAGCUGCGCUGCCCGACGUAGAUACGAAAUCGAAGAAUGUGGACUCUCUCGUUAGGGGGAACCUAGUUGUGAAAAGGCAGUCGCUGCUUCCUCGAGUUCUUUCCGUGACGGAAGGGGCAGCCGUUUGUAGGCAACCCUUUAAGCCUCCUUGUUCGAGUGGAUAUUGUAGCAAUGAAGAGCUUAGACGCCGUUUCUUGGCGCGUAAACGUUUCGUCCCCUGGGGUUCUUCUAAACCUUUGCCGAUUCCUAACAUAAGUAGAGUCAGUGUGCCAGAGAGUGUUGAAAAUGAUACUGAGGCGGAAUCCAUGAGUUUGCCACCAGGGAUUGAACCUUUAAUCCUGUGGCAGCCUCCAGAACCGGAAGAUGGAGCCAUUGAUUUGCCACCAAUAAUGGUGGAUCCUUUGCUCGUUCAAUUCCUUCGGCCCCAUCAAAGAGAAGGGGUUCAGUUCAUGUUUGAGUGUGUUGCAGGACUGAAUAGUGCUGCCAACAUUAAUGGUUGCAUUCUCGCAGAUGAUAUGGGUUUAGGGAAAACACUGCAAUCGAUCACUUUGUUGUAUACUCUUCUUUGUCAAGGAUUUGAUGGGAAGCCAAUGGUUAAAAAAGCAAUAAUCUGCACUCCUACCAGUCUUGUGAGUAAUUGGGAAGCUGAGAUAAAAAAGUGGAUUGGAGAGAGAAUUAAGCUCAUUGCUCUAUGUGAAAGCACCAGAGAUGACGUUGUAUCUGGAAUCAAUACUUUUGCAAAUUCUUUCAGCUCUUCUCAGGUCCUAAUUGUUUCAUAUGAGACGUUUCGGCUGCAUUCUUCAAGAUUUAACCAUGAGGGAUCUUGUGACCUUCUGAUAUGUGAUGAGGCACACAGGCUGAAGAAUGAUCAGACGUUAACUAAUCGGGCAUUGGCAGCUCUCUCCUGCAAGCGUCGCAUUCUAUUAUCAGGAACACCAAUGCAGAAUGACCUGGAAGAGUUUUUUGCAAUGGUUAAUUUCACUAAUCCGGGGAUCUUGGGGGAUGCAGCAUAUUUUCGUCGUUAUUAUGAGGCACCAAUAAUAUCUGGAAGGGAGCCAACGGCCACUGAUGAUGAGAGGAACCUAGGUGUUGAGCGCUCUGCAGAACUAAGUGCCAAAGUAAAUCAGUUCAUAUUGAGAAGGACCAAUGCCCUGUUGUCAAAUCACCUACCACCGAAGAUAGUGGAAGUUGUUUGCUGCAAAUUGACUCCUCUCCAGUCAGAACUAUACAACCAUUUUAUUCACUCAAAAAAUGUAAGUGUUCAAGCUUAUCUGGUGGUUAAACGUGCAAUUACCGAAGAUGCAAAAAAAUCCAAGAUUCUGGCGUACAUUACAGCUCUGAAGAAGCUCUGCAAUCAUCCGAAGCUCAUCUAUGAUACUAUAAAGACUGGAAGUCCUGGGACUUCAGGUUUUGAGGAUUGUAUUCGCUUUUUCCCUCCAUCAAUGUUCUCCGGAAGAUCUGGGUCUUGGAGUGGUGGUGACGGUUCUUGGGUCGAGCUGUCUGGUAAAAUGCAUGUCUUGGCUCGCUUAUUGGCACAUUUACGUCAGAGAACUGAUGAUAGAAUUGUCUUAGUAUCAAAUUACACUCAGACGCUGGACCUUUUCGCUCAAUUGUGCCGUGAAAGAAGAUACCCACUCUUACGCCUUGAUGGAACCACUUCGAUCAGCAAAAGACAAAAGUUGGUCAAUCGUUUCAAUGAUCAAUCAAAGGACGAAUUUGCUUUUCUCUUAAGCAGCAAAGCUGGCGGCUGUGGGCUCAAUUUGAUAGGCGGCAAUCGGCUUGUCUUAUUUGAUCCGGACUGGAACCCUGCCAAUGACAAACAAGCUGCUGCCAGAGUCUGGCGGGAUGGACAAAAGAAGAGAGUAUAUAUUUACAGAUUUCUCAGUACAGGAACCAUUGAAGAAAAGGUGUAUCAGCGCCAAAUGUCAAAGGAAGGUCUCCAAAAGGUUAUCCAGAAUGAGCAUAAUGAUAGCAGUGCAGCACAGGGUAACCUUCUUUCUACGGAUGAUUUACGCGAUCUGUUCACAUUCCAUGAGAAUGUCAGGUCGGAGAUUCAUGAAAAGAUGAACUGCCUCCGCUGCCAGUUGCACGCUGCUGAGCCAGAGAACGUAGAAAAUGGAGACAAAUCGGAUAAUAAUACCGAGUCCGGUCAAGAAGUGUCUGAUAUUGGUGGAUUUGCCAGGAUCUCAGGAUGCCUGAAGUUGAAGGCUUCAGAAAAGCAGGUAGGGACUCCCCUGGAAGAGGAUUUGGGCAGCUGGGGCCAUCAUUUUCACUCUACUUCUGUUCCUGAUUCUAUACUUCAAGCUUCUGCUGGUGAUGAGAUUUCUUUUGUUUUCACCAACCAAGUGGAUGGGAAGCUUGUACCAGUUGAACCGGCAACCCCAACCCCAAAGUUCCAGUUCGACAACAAGGAAAAUCGAAAUGAGGCCAAGUCUUCAAAGUCCAAUCAAUUCGCCAAGCCGAGGCAAUUUGGCUCGCCUUGUACGGAUUCUCCAUCAUCCACCACACUCAAACCUAUGCAAAGAGCAACGCUGAAACGAUCACGAACUCCAUUAAACGGAAUCGAAAAUACUGAGCUCAGGUCCAAGCUUGCCUUUUCCGGUAAAAGAUCAUCUCCUUGUGUUGCAGCGGGGCAAGAUGAUGAUGAUUUCGUGUAAAUGAUGGAAAUCACCAUUCUUCAGUAUCAUUAUUGUCCAUAGAGCUCAGGCAAUUGAGGUGUCCUUAUGAUCUUCCCAAUGUACGAAUUCAUUGUUUGGAAUUUGUGACUUAUUAAUUGGUAGCAAUUACGUGUUGCUUGAAUCACGAAUCACAUAUUGUUUAUAUGAUUUUAGAGAUUAUUACUUAUCGUCAAGAGAACCUUACAAGUUAUGUUUGGAGAGAUGUUCAAAUAA